AUGUCAUCAGUCCCACCGGAGCAAGUCACUAGUCAAUAUAAAGGCACGCCAUCCAUGUUCACCCAGCAAACCCCCGCGACCUCCGCAAACUUCCCCAAGCCCACCGGAGACGAUGACUCAAAAGCCCCAUUGCCCAAGGGCGUAGUCCUGGACAAAGACGGAAAGCCCUGUCGCACCUGCACCUCCGUCGCCUCAUGGCGAGCAUUAACCAAGCAAGCCGACCUCAAAAUCGCAAACUCAAACUCUGCCUCUUCCCCCACCUCGAGCACAAGCAAAUUUACAACCUCAACACCCGCCCUCGGCGCCGCUGCAACAUCCUUUCCCAGUGAAACUCCUUCAGACUGUCCGCCAGACGUCGAAGAACUAGGUCGCUCAACAUGGACAUUGCUGCACUCAAUGGCAGCUACAUACCCUGAAAAAGCAAACAUGGAACACCAAGCGAACAUGAGUGGGUUUUUAAAGUUCUUCUCGAAGCUGUACCCGUGCUGGGUAUGUGCGGAUGAUUUCCAGACAUGGAUGGCGCAUCCGAGUGGACGGAAUAAGCCCAAACUGGAGAGUCGGAAGGAGUUUGGGUGGUGGAUGUGCGAGGCGCAUAAUGAGGUUAAUCGGAAGCUUGGGAAGAAGGAGUUUGAUUGUCGGCUUUGGGAGGAGAGGUGGCGAACUGGGUGGAAGGAUGGUCGGUGUGAAUGA